UGUGAUAAACGAAUCGUUCGUGAACGACACAACCUAAGAAGGGUCGCAGACAUGUCUUCAUAAACAAACCUCUUUGUACCUGAGCGCUCUUUGGUCGCAAUCUCGCUGUGUGACACGGAGUUACUGAGUAAGAUCUGACAGAAAAGACGCUUCUUGAUGUGCUGUCGAGUGAGUUUGACCGCACUUGACCGUUUUAAAGUGACUGUCAGCAGGACUGUUUACCAAACUGUCUUCAACUAUCGCAGCACGAGCCGAACCAACCGUCAACGUUAGGUAGGAUUACAAACCUAUAUUGCAAAAACUGAUAGUUACAUUUCAAUCUCGGUUUAUUGUUUAGCUUGUUUACCCCAAAUUAGUCCGAUUGUCCUUCUCAUACAAUCGCAGCUGAGUGAUCCUAGCUUGUUGUUCGCCAUUUUUCUGUGUUUGGCACACGGUUCAUCAACUCAUGACAAAAGGGAAACGAUGUGUCUCUUCAAUGAGUAUAACAGGGGGAUGAUGUGGUGCUAAAAAUGAAAGUCACUGGGUGAUUAUAUUUUAUAUUUAAGCGGGUUAUUUUUUUUUUCCAGCUCAACAUUCAUGUAUGCACCAGCAUGUUUUCCACUAACAGUAAGAAAUUCUGAUUUGUCUUCUCUUCCAGGUUUUUGUUUACCCCUGAUCCCUCUCAUAGCCAGCAGCACUUACUGCUGAGAAACCAUGGCAGCCUUACCACAUUGCCCCCUCCUGGCUGUCUCUGGUCUGCUCCUGUGCUGUUUGAGCUUCAGCCUGUCCAUCCCAGACCCCCAGCUGAGAGAGGCUCUGAUGCAGCUGGAGGCCUCCAUGCAGACAGGUGGGCAGAUGGUUUUGACGGAUGCCGAGCAGCGUCUGGAUGCUCUUCUGUUCAAAAUGAAGCAGGAGGAGAUGAAGGGAGAAGACUUUCCUCCUGCCAUGCACUUCUUCAGGGCCAGGCACCUUAUCAAUAACAGCCCCAUCUUCAGUCUGCUGCAGAAGAUGCCCAAAGGUAUGUUCAGGCAUGGAAAAUAGAUCUAUUACACACCAUUCACACAUAGAGCAAUGCAAAGUGUGCUACGAGGUCCAUAAACGAAUAUAACAAGCAGAAAGACUAUUUAGAAAACAUGACCCAAUGUAGCUGCUGACAAAACCAACCAAAAUUAAUACCUAUACCUUUUAUGACCUACAAGGGCAAACAAGCCUAUGUGCAACAAGACUGACAAUCCCUCUGUGGUUUUAAAUGUGGCAGCAUAAUAAAGUAAAAAGUCAUCAAAAUCAACAGACCAAAUUUUCUACAGGCGCUUUUAGUGAAAAUAAAACAUUUAAAGUCACAACAUUUCAUAAUAUCAGAUAAAUAAAAACAGUAAUUUUAUGUAGAACAUAUGAGAAAAAAACAUAGAAUACAGGAAAAUCUAAAAAAUUAAAAUCAGAAAAUUAAGAGAAAGAUCUAAUUUUCUGUCAGUUCCUCAGAGAAUGAAUAUUUAAUAUUUUGGGCUUUUUUUUUUUGUAAAUCUUAAUUGUUUCAAGCAUUUUCUAUCGGCCUACAGGUUAAAAUAUAUAUGUUACAAAAACAUCCAAAAUAUCAGCAUAUCAUAUUUAAGUUUGUCUUCAUCUAGUUCAGUCCAUGCAACCACAGUCACGGGGGAAGUUGCUGACUUGACACUUGUCCACGAGUUGAUCAUGCUCUCCCUCCACAAGGAGGGGAGGCUGACUUCAAUUGUCAAAUUCCUGUAAUCAAGAGUCUCAUCUGGGCUAAAAGAAAAAAAAAAAAACAGUGGACAGUUACCACCAGUUACUUAGGUGUUCAAAGUCCUGUUUUCAGAUGAAAGACAAUUUUGCGUCUCAUAUGGAAGUCAAGGUCCCAGAGUCUAGUAGAAGAUCAGAGUGGCCCAGGGUCUAAGGUGCUUGAAGUCCAGUGUGAAGUUUCCACAGUCUGUGAUAAUUUGGGGUGCCAUGUCCUCUGCUGAUGCUGGUCCGCUGUGUUUUAUCAAGUCCAGAGUCGACACAGUCUAAAGUCUACCAGGAGAUUUUAGAGACUGUCAUGCUUCACUUGCUGAGAGGCUUUAUGGAGUUACUGAUUUCCUUUUUCAGCACCUGCUCACAGCUCCAAAACUACUUCUAAGUGGCGUCAUGAAUCCCAUAGAAAAUCUCUUGGUUAUUGUCAACACAAAAUGAGAGACACCCAACCUGAAAAAACAAACCAACUGAAGGCUGCUAUCAGAGCAACCUGGACGUCAGCAGAGCACCAGGCUCAUCACCUCCUGCAACACCCCACUGAUGCAGUCAUUCAUAACUAGUGAAUGUACAGUAUGUCAUUUUGAUGGGAUAUUUCCAUACUUCAAAUCCUUUUUUACAUGAGUUUAGAAGAUAAUCUAAUAAUUCAAGAUACUGGAUUUCUGAUUUUCAUGACCUACAAGCCAAAAUGAUUCAAAUUCAAAUGUAAGAAUAAUCCAAAAUUCACCUUUUUGAAUUCAAGAUUAAAAAAAGAAAAGAAUUAUAUAAAACAAAACAUGCUUCGCUUACAUUUUGUUCAGCUCAAAACAUUGCAAGUCAAUUUCUAUUUAUACUGAAGUGUGAAUCACGCCUUUCCGCUUUUGACUUUCUGUUAAAUGCUGUAAGAAUCAUUCAGUUAUAGAGUACCAGUGUCUGUUUCUAGACUUACCCAUCAGCUGAACUUAUUCUACAUUUUAUCACCUGUUAGUUCCCAGAGGUUUCAUCUUCACACGCAAAAAGAAAAGGGGAACAGAGACCUAUACGUCUCAGUUACUGAAUUAUUUGACUUCUUUGGUUCCUCUUUUUCUUCACACGGUUUCAGUCCAUCACAGCAGCGUAUGCCUAACUCUUCUUCCUCUUUAAUUUUCACUUGUCAGUUAAAAUUUUCAUUAGUUUGGUGAAUUCCCAGAAUUAGACUCAUCAGAAAGAAUUUUUCCUCCACUCACUCCCUUUACACAGGUAGUUCUUGGUGGAUUUGUGUUUUACAUCUUCAUGAAUAUUACAGAGGUUAACUUUUCUUUGAAAGAGGAAUGAAAUGCUCUAAGAAUAGAAUGAAUGAAAACACAGCUUCAGCUUUGAACAUGAGAUUAAAUACUCUGAUGGAAACUACCAAAACCAAAAAAAUACCCUGAAUCAAAACAAGAUAGUGUAAGUGAACAAAACCCUCUGAGACAGUUCAACUUCCCUUUGUCAAGUUUCACUCAAAUUUCAGUACAGGCCGACUUUAUCAUGGUAUCAUCAGUCUGAAGUCACCAGUGCUUUUUUGUAACAAAAAUGUUCCACUCUUACUUCUUUCCUGUCAGUAAUUUUCUCAACAGUUUUUUUUAUUCUAGAGAACCGUAUCUAAUAUAUAUAUAUAUUCACAUAGUUUUAAUAAGUAUAAAAAGUGCAUUUAAUUCAAUGAGCACUCUUCUUAAGUAUCACUUGUUUAUUUGUUAUUUUGUCACUCAGGAGGAGCUCUCCAUAUCCACGACUUCUCAAUGGUUGCAGUUGAGUGGUUGGUGAAAAACGCGACCUAUCGUCCAAACUGCUACAUGUGCAGCACAGAUAACCGCUCUAUCAGGUUCAUCUUCUCAUCCCAAUGGCCCAAAGCUCUGCCUCACUGCUCUCCCUGGGUGCUUCUGGAGAACCUCAGGGCAAAGAUGGUCAACACCACGGAGCUGGAUGUCAGGUGACUUUAAUUUAAGACAGACCAAACAACAACAACAACAGCAUAGUGUACUAGGAUCUCAAGACUGUACAUUUGAUAAAACUUAUACAUUCCCAAUUAUUAUAGUUUGAUGCUGUGUUCUAGUCUUUAAUAUAUAUUCAAAUGUUUUGAGUUUUGAUUUCAAGCUGGUUAUUGUGGGCAGAUACCAAACAUCUAAUGAGUAAGAGAGACAGUUUGAUUUGGUUAGAUUUGCAGGACAUUCAAUUUUUUUUUUAUUGAUUGGUAACACAUGCAAUGCAGCAUGAAGUUACAGCUUUAAGUGCAUUAUUUUCCAGGAAUUUCUGGGUCUUUUUCACAGACAUUUAAAGGUGGGGUAGGCAGGAAUCCAUUAAAGAAGCAUCUUUUUUGUGGUGCAUAUACAAAAAAGCUUUUAACACCAUCAAUACUAUUAGUCAUUAAUGACAUUUGUAAAUAUAAUGAUAUCGCUGUGUUUUGUUCUGUCUGUGUAGUCAACAUUUUAACAUUUUUGAGCGUCCCACUCUUUCUGACUGUAAACAAAGCCGUUCUCCGCCUCCCCCAUCCUGAUUGGUUGUGAGGCAGACACUGCUCCCCUGUGUCAUCUGAGGGGAAAACUGGUUGGGAGGGUUAGUGUUUACAUUCAAAAACUGGCACUUCCUCAGAUCCUGCCUACCCCACCUUUAAAGCUAAAGAUGUAGUUUAUGGUCCCAAACUACUUUUUUCUUUAUCAUAAUCAUGUUUUCACCUUUGUGUUUACACUUCCAGCAUCAUGGGAAACCUGACACUUUUCACCUAUGAGGAUCCAGAAUCUGUGUACCCAAGCCAGGAUGUGGUGUGGGACCGGUUUGAGCAGGCCUUCCUUGCAGUGUGGGGUUUGGUCACGUAUGCGCCUGUGUUCAGGGAUUAUUACUAUGAAGGCCUCACCCAGUUCUACAAGGACAACAUCAUGUAUCUGGAGCUGCGUGCGUUACUCCCAGAGGUACAGAAAUGAAACAGCAGUUGUGCAGGUGUGAUCUCAUGUAUUCUGCUAGAUGGGCGGAGCUAGAGCUAACGAUGAACUUUAGUACCAGACAUUGAUGCUCGCAAAACAUACAGAGGGUAACAAAAAAGUAUGUCAUCUGCAACCCUGAAAAAUAUUUAGAUCAUGUCAUUUCUGUGUAUCAAUAAAAACAAACAAACUAAAAAAGAAAUACAUGUUGUUUUAGUCUCGAACUUGUCCGUUUAUAUGUUUUAUGCUAAAAAGACUCUUUGCACUCAGAUAUACGAGCUGGAUGGGAGCACUCAUGACAUCAGGUGGACUCUGAAGACCUAUCAGGAUGUCACCAAGCAGUUCACAGCAGAACACCCUGACUUCUUUGGAGCGAGAGUUAUCUUCACAGUCCACAGGUGACUCCUCUGACUGUCAAUACAAAUGACUGUAUUUAUCAGGCAGGAUUAUGUGCUGCUUAUUGGGAUGUUUUGAUAUGUAAUCUCAUUUCACCACCCUUUGUUUCAGGGGAGUUAAUCUGACCAGGAUGGUUGAAGUGGUAAAGGAAGCUAUACAGCUGCAGAGCGACCUCCCAGACAUCAUGGCUGGUUUUGACCUGGUGAGAAGCAACAGCAGGUUUUUGGUUUUUUUUGUAUGUUGUUUUUCAACUGUGUUUUUUUCUUAACAGAGUGAAGCACAGAUAGAAGUGUACAAUAUGUGGGAGCUGAUAUCUCUGUCAAGUUUUACCAAUUUUGCUGAAACUAAUGAUUCAAGACUCAAAACAGGUUUCCUGAAAAAUUCAUGAUAUUGAAUUUUCAUGACUUAAACCUAGCACCUCUCGCUGAGUCAGUACAUCAAUUAUUGUUGAUAAAAUGCCAAGUCAUGACAGAAGUUAUCCCAGGGCACCUUAUGAAUAAGAACAUAGUUGUCUUUUUAAUCUAAUUUAACAGGGACAGUGUGCAACAACACUGUGUAAUAUUAAAAGAAACGUUACAAGGUGGUUGCACCAGAUUUAGACAGCUGCUAAUUCCCAUCUGCGGUGCCAAAGGGAUAUUGGGCAGUAAGCUAGGUGAACUGGGCCCAAAGCUGGCAGCCUGAAUCUUUGGUUUCAUUCAGAAACAAUAAUAGAAAAAAACUUUGAUUUAGCAGCCAGAAACCCUGAGUAAAAACAGACUCAUGGUGAACAAGGUCCUUUUUUCUGAGGGUAUCUUUCAGCUGUCCUUGCUCUUAUUUGUGUAAUUUUAUUAGACUGAAAAAUGCUGAACUUUGUGAUCUAGUCACAAGACUUCAUCUUGCUCUCUGUCAGCAUUGUGGGUCUUUUAAAAGGGGAAACAGUUUUUGGUGGCUACUCCUGCAGCCUGGAAUUCGCUGUAGGAGAGUGUAGCUCUGAGAGAGUUGGUAUGUUUAAAUGUCUUUAAAACUAUAGUGACGAUAUUCAAGGAAGAUGCAUCAGGCUGUAGAUGCUUUAUGGAUUACUGUUUGUGUGUAAUUGUUUGUAUGUUGUUGCUGCUAUUCUUGACCAGGACACUCUUGUAAAGGACAGUUUUAAUCUCAAUGAGACUUUCCUGGUUCAGUCAAUUAAAGGGAUAUUCCGACGUAAAAUUAAGUUAGGGUCAAACACACCGUAACACCAAGUUAGACACCGUCGAGAGAUUAAUGUUGCCAACCGCUUGCUUCUCUAGUUAUACCAACGUCAGUAACAACUGCACAAUAUUAAUUCACACAGGAGCUACAUGCUCAACCAAAAAGCCACUCUAUAGCUACAAAUAAUGCUCAGAACAGAACCUAACUUCAUCAACAGUACAUAUAGGGUCCCAGCCAUAGUACUAGCCACCAAACUUCUUUUUAGCUUUGACUAAUUUCUUUGGCAAAGAGACUAAACACAACUCACCUACUCUCUUCCAGCAGGCGAUUGUUUGUAGCAAGACCUCAGGCCAGUCCAUUACAAACUGCUACGAACUGCUGCAGCUCAAGGAAGAACAUUUAUAAACAGUUUUUCAUGGAAAUGCAAUCAGACCGAAACGCUAAGGCAGAAGAACUACCGCGUCUGCAGUAAAAAAAUGAUUAAUGUGGUGAUUAUUACUUCAAGGAAAUGAUAAAGUAAUAAUUGUAAAUGUAUUGCUAGUGUGCGGUCGUUAUUAAAGUUUGCAUAACUAGUGAAGCAAGCAGUUGGCAACAUUCAUCUCUCGACGGGGUGUCUAACUCGGUGUUACAGUGUGUUUGCCCCUAACUUAAUUUUUAAUAUCCCUUUAAAUCAAUGAAUAAAUAACAGCAAAACAACAUUCAAUACUGGUAAUGCCAUUAAAGGAAUGAGUGCCUUUAUAAACACGUUUUAAACAUGUCCUACGUAAUAACAGGACUCUUGUUUUUCUUAUCCUCCUCUCUGUAUGCUCAGGUGGGUCGUGAGGACAGUGGCAGACCCCUGUGGUAUUUUAGAGAGGCUUUGUCGCUGCCCGUAAAGAAAGGAGUGACACUCCCUUUCUUUUUUCACGCUGGAGAGACAGGUGAGCUUGUCGUUCACCUGUGCAUGAAACAACAGCAUCUAUUUUUUUAUUUAUUUAUUUUUAUUCAAGCAUGUAAAAUACUUAAAGUAUCAGUGUGCCGCAACUCAUGAUCAAACGGAGCUGAACUUUUUUUCAGAGACUGUAAGAAAAGAAUAAUCAUUGUUAGCAUUCAAGCGUUUUAUUUGUCACACUCUUUAAAAAGUCAUUCAUAAGAUCCAUCGCACUGUUUAAAGAUCAUCACAAAACAGACAUGCUUUCUCUCGAUAACACGCAGAUCUGGAGGGCUCAGAUGUGGACCAGAACCUGUUGGAUGCCAUUUUAUUCAACACGACUCGUAUUGGUCAUGGAUUUGCUCUGCUGCGCCACCCUGUGGCUAAAAGUAUGUCCAGAAAGAGAGGGGUGGCUGUGGAGGUGUGCCCCAUCUCCAACCAGGUACACUACUGUUUUUUGAACCUGUGGGUCUUAACAUGUUGGGUCGGGAACUAAAAGUGGGUCGAAGGAUCGUUUUUUUAACGGUGUUAAAAGUCUGAUCUGUGUCUCAAAGCCUCUGUGUGGAGUUUCUGACAGGUUGUAAAAAAAAUUGGAAUUGUUAGUGAUGUCUCUUUGUGACUUACAAAACCAAACAGGACCAUAAACAUCACAAUUUUGCAUUUAUGUUAGAACCAAAUGUUAAACAGGAGACAGGAAGUUUCUUGCAGCAGUUUUGAUUUUAAAGGACAGUGUGCUUUUAGUAGCAGGAGGGUAAUUUAUUCACACUUAAAUACAGUAGGUGGCGGUAACGCACUUAGUAAGCAGCUGUUGAAGACCAGAAACAAUUCAUUUGUCUUGAUUUCUAACUAAAAGGGGAUUAUGUCUUGUGACUAGACCAUUUAAGGGUCUGUGAACAGGACUGGACCAUGAAUAUUCUGCAGUCUCUGGUGUAAUACUUUAACCAACAACAGUGUAAAUAAACUGAGAUGGUAUUUCAUAAACAUACAGUAAAUCUCUCUCCUUAUCCCCUUUAAGGUGCUGAAACUUGUCAAGGAUCUGCGAAACCAUCCUGCUGCUGUACUCAUGUCAGAAAAUCACCCCGUGGUCAUCAGUUCUGACGACCCUGCCAUGUUCGGGUCCUCUGGACUCUCCCAUGACUUCUAUGAAGCUUUUGUGGGCUUUGGUGGGACCAGUUCUCAUCUCGGCUCCCUAAAAGAGCUGGCUAUGAACUCUAUUAGGUGAGGAUCAGCAGAGAUAUGUUUUCCUCAGAAACGUUAACACGUUUCAACAGACUGCUCACGAACACGUCUUUGUCUUUCAGGUAUAGUUCUCUGACUCCAAAGCAAAAGGAGAAAGCCCUGGCGCUGUGGCAGAAGAAAUGGGAGAAGUUUGUCUCUGAAAAUGUUUUUUAAGAGGAAAUAGAAGUCUCUUUGAAGACUCCUUGGAGACUGAUAUACCUCAUGCUGAAGGAGAAUCAUAACGCAUGAAUGAGAGAAGUCACUUUCUUGCCUCUGCUGUAAAAACUGUCCAAGUCACUAUAAAGUGGAACUGACUGGAUCUGUGACAGAUAUCAGGCAGUGUGGAACAGCUGAGCUGUAGAGCAAUGAUCUGCUCUACACAUAUAAGAGAGCUUCAGUCUCAGGAAUGUUUGUGUGGUUUCUGUUAGGACUUUUGAUGAAUUUGCACUCUUGGAUAUGGGUUUGAUUCUGAGGACAGUCACAGUGUCGGGCAAUAUUGAUCGGAUUGUUCAAUGUAUAAACUCCUUAAUCAGUUUGUGUGUGUGUGUGUGUGUGAGUCAGCUGGUGCUUUUUAAAAGUUUUGUAGACAGCUGAAUAAUUUGUGUGUAAUUCAGCAGGUUUUCUACCGCUCUUCUUCAAUUUUUUGUCUUUUUACUGGAGAGGAAAUAUUAAGAUUUUUAACUAACAAUGGUGUCUACAGUCUACAGUUGACCUACACUCCUGCUGUUUCAUCUCGUUCUAUAAAACCAUAAACAAAAACCAUGACAGAAUGUACACAUCACUCUUCACAUUUUUAAAUCAAUAGUGAAAAUCUGAGCAAAAGUCAGAAUUAAAAUUCAAAUUAAAGACAAACGAUUUAAGACCUGACUCAGUUUAUUUGUUGUUCAUCUAGUGCAGCACUGUUAUCAGGACUUUCAGUCACAGGUCCAGUUUGUCCUCCAUUAUCUGCUGCAGGUGUUGAACUGAGAGAAGAAGCUGUUGUCUACGCCUCCCCUCUUAAUAUCCGGUUCCCUUUCAAUGAUACAGAAGCGGUGUCAGACAAUAUUCCUCUCCCUCCAUGAAUUAACUUGGGAAAUGGUACACUGUUAGAACUGACCUUUGUUUUUGAAUUUCAGCCAGUUGGACAUUGGAGUUGUCCAGGUGUUGUCUCAGCUGCUUGUUCAGUCUGGCCUGCUGCCUCUCAAGCAACAUCGCUGCACGAGCUGAAUCCAGACGGACACGAUCAAGUAGCUCCUCCUCUUGUUUUUUCUGCCGUUCUAUCUUCUACAGAUACACAGAUACAGCGCAUAAAUACAUUUUGAAGGCAGAAUUUC